GGCUAAAGCGGCGGGGCUCUCCCAUCGAUUCGCCGAGAACAAUGCCACGUGACGCCGCGGCACGUGACACGUGACUCCGCUUCCCCCCCCCCUCCCCCGCUCACGAGGGACCGGAGCUGCGGUUGCCGGGGCAACGGAGCCCCCCCCCCACCUCCGCACCUCCCCAACAGUCCUCGCCUCAUCACAGCCAUCACCAACCACCAUCAUCAUCGGCAGCCUCAUUAAGGUGUCGCCUAGCAACGCGAGGCCUCUUUUAAGCGGAGGGGAAAUCGCGCAGUGAGUCGAGGGUCUCCCCUCCCCCCCACUGCCUCGCCUCGCCUGGGCCUCCACCGCGCUGGGCACCCCCCGUGGCACCGCGACUCGACUAGCGCCGUGGCCCGGGCGGGGUCCCCGGGGUUGAGGUGUCUCCUGGAAAGGGGUCUCACUUGGUCGCGGUUCUAGGGGUAGACGCUGCCAGGGCUAAGGGGGUCUUAGGGUAGAGGUCAUUUGACCGCGGUAGCGCGCGCAGUUCGGAGCGCCUCGUCGGCGGUAGGGGUCCCCGGAGUAGGGGUCCCGACGAGUCGGGGGGGUGGGGGGGGUCUGUGGUAGGGGUUUCUUUGCCAGGGGUUCUAAGGUUAGGACUUUUAGGGAUAGGGUCUCAGGUUUGGGGGGGGGGGGGUCCCAGCGGGUAGAGAUUUCUUGGACUAAUUAUAUCAGGGGAUAGGGGGGGUCUCAUCGGUGGGGGCCCCAGGGUCAGGUGCAUCCUGCUCCGCUCCACGGCGAUGUCUCUGCUGGAGAAGCGCGCCCCCAGCAAGGUGCUGGUGGACGACACGGCCCCACUCGCGUGCUUCAUCGAGGCGGCGCACAACGUGCACACGCACACGGAAUACAUCGUGCGAGUGCAACGGGGACCCAAUCCCGAGAACAGCUGGCAGGUCAAAAAGAGAUAUAGCGACUUUGACGCUCUCAACACGAGCCUUCAGGUGUCGGGCGUACCGCUGGCACUGCCCCCCAAGAGGCUGCUGGGGAAGCUGGAGCGGGAAUUUGUGGCCGAGCGUCAGCGCGGGCUGCAGCUCUACCUGGACGCGCUCACGGCGCAUCCUGUGCUGGCCACAUGCACCGCCGUCCGCCUCUUUCUCGACCCCGACUCCUACCCGGCAAACUACACCGAGCUCGCGCUGCAGCAGGUGUCCAUGUUCUUCCGCUCAGAGCCGCGAUGGGAGGUGGUGGAGCCACUACGUGACAUGGGGUGGAGGAUAAGGAAACGCUACUUCCUCAUCAAACCCAAGGAGGAGCCCAAGACCAGGCAGCUUCUGAGCUGGGCUGACUUUGGACCGGAUCAGUUCCUGUCCACCAAGGACCUGCAGGCAGCCAUGAAGCUCCUGCCUAACAUUUCUCACCCAUACGUGGCGCCGGCCGCCUUUGCGGAGGCGAGCGAGUCGUCGGGGUUAGUGGUGCGCACCAUAAAUGACAAGGGCACGCUCAGGGACCUCAUCCACAAGACGAAGCCACGUGACCACUUCCUGUACAAGUACUGUAGCCCGCGAAGGAGUGCGCCGCUGGAUAUCGCUCACGUGCGCCUCUACGGACGCCAAAUACUCGAGGCACUGCGGUUCCUGCAGGAGCGCGGGUUCCCGUACGGACACGUGCACGCAGGGAACGUGAGCGUGGAGGGGGAGGCGUGCCGUCUGCUCGACCUGGAGAACGCGCUGCUCGGGCUGCCCAGUGCCAUGCGCGGGAUCACAGCACAGUACCGCAAGAUCAACACGCUGGACGCAGUGGACGUCUUCUCGUUCGGACUGCUGCUGCACGAGAUGGCGUACGGGGCGCCGCCCUCUGCCAUCCCCAUCGACGCCCCCUCACUCGGCCCCUCGUCAUCGCCCUACAUCGCGACGGUGCUGGAGUCGAUCCUCUCGGCCGACGCGCUCCGCUCAGGGUUGCCCACGCUGCAGCAGUUGCUCGCUACGCCGCUCUUCCGGGAUGUGACGCUGCCCAACGGCGGAGAGAAACCACAGUUUAAGAUCCCCAGCCGACUGCGAGAGGCGCUGAAGGUGGCACGGGAGGCAGUGGAGAAUCGGCUCCAUGAAGACCAGCGCACGUUACAUCAGUUCCGAAAGCUGUCGCGCGCGCAGUCUUACCACGGCUCCGAGGAGGAGAAGAAGAAACGGAAAAUGCUCGCUCGCAAGAGAGCAAAGAAAUCGCGGCAGCUCACGACGGACGAAACGGAGGAGCCCCCCACAAACGGCACCUCCACAGGUUCCUGUACGAGUUCGCCCCCCACCACUCCGUCCACGCCAACUCCCACGGGUAUGGUCACACACGGGGUCGCGCACGGGCACACGGGGUCACGAACGGUGACAUCGAGUAACAUAGAGACAAACGGGGUCACACAGAGAUACGUGGAGAGACAAAAGGAGACUUGGAUACACACGGGAUACACUUGGCAACACGUGCUGUGUGCGGUACGAGUGGUGCACUCUGCGGCGUGUGAAGUGUUGCGCGGCGUGAAUGAUGCGAGUGCGUGCGCAAGUCCGGCGAGUAUAUACUGCGUGUGUGUGUGUAUGCGAGGUAUGUUUGUGCCCUGGGUGAGUGUGAAGUUUGUCCCGAGUGUGCUGUGUGCGUGAUGCCAGUAUUCUGUGCGUGCAGUGUGCUACUGUGUGUGGCGCUAGAGCACCGUGUUCGAAGUAUGGUGUGCGCGAAGUGCCGUUCUGGGCUGACUGUGGGCAGUAACUCUGUUUCUCCCCCCCUCUAUCUCUGUCCACGCUGCAGACUCGCAGCCUUGACCGCGUGCCACGUAAGCAAUCGAUUACAAAUAACCCCCCCCCCCAUUAGCGCCGGGCCCUCGCACCACACAGCCAACACGAGCAGCAGAAUCAACAGACGUGGCUCUAACACUCACUGCAGGCUCGUGGAUGCUGCGGUUGCUAUGACAGCGGUUCCCGUAGUAACCGUUGCCUGGAUAACAGGGCGUCUGUGGCAGCUUCCAGGGGAAGCUUUCCUGGUGUCGCUGUGCCGCUACCGCACUAACCCCGGCCGCUCGCUCGCUCCUCUCCCUCCUACGUCCACCUCCUCGCACGCUCGCUGCUCUCUUUGUACUCGUGGCUGCGGAGCGUCGGCCCCGGUUUGGGAGGACGGUACGUGGAGGCUGCCUGUGACUCGCUGCGUCUUUGC